UGACGAAGUAGGGGUGGAAAAGCAAGCAAAGCUCAAGAACGCAGAAAGAGCAGAGCAAAGCAAAGCAAAAUUCCCAGAUUCCAUCUCCCCCUCCGUCCACCGGCCAACACGAACGAAUAAAUCCAGCCCUACUCUUCCAUUCCUGCAAUCCAAUCCAUCGUCAUCGUCCCCGCCCGCCCUCUUCUUUCUCAUCCGAUGAGUUCUUACUGCAUGGAUGUGGCAGCUGAUGGGGCGUAAAUGGGAAGAGCGGUCUUUCUACGGUUUCUCCACAUAUAUCCAGUUUUUGCUGGGGAUUAAGAUCUUGAUAGACGAUGGUCACGCUAACCUGUUGCCAUCCGACCAUAAGCUAUAGGCCCAUACGCCCAUCUGAUCUGGAAAUCUUAGAGCAGAUUCAUGGGGAUAUAUUUCCCAUUAGUUGGAUUUACAGGUACGAAUCUGAGUUCUUCCAAAAUGUUGUCCAUGGACGUGGUAUAGUGGCUUGGGCAGCUGUUGACCAUAGCCGUGAUGAUGGAAAAAGUGAUGAGCUAAUUGGAUUUGUCACAGCUAGGGUUGUUCUUGCUAAAGACAGUGAGAUUGUGGAUUUGCUUAAUUAUAAUUCUGCAGAAUCGGAAUGGUCAUUAGUCUACAUUUUGACGCUGGGAGUGAUAGAUAGUUACAGAAAUCUUGGCAUAGCGUCUUCACUUAUUCUUGAGGUUAUCAAGUAUGCCUCCAGCAUCCCCACUUGUCAGGCUGUUUAUUUGCAUGUGAUAUCAUAUAAUAUUCCUGCCAUGCACCUGUACAAGAAAAUGUCAUUCAAGUGUAUUCGGAGGUUGCCCGGUUUCUAUCUGAUUGACAGCAAGCAUUAUGAUGCGUACUUGUUUGUUUACUUUGUGAAGGCCUGUCGAUCUCCUUGCUCACUGCUGGAUCUUGUCACGGUCGUCAUGAGAUACAUACGGAUGGGUUUCCAGUCGAUUACUGCAAAGCUAUGGAACGAUGAAAGGAAGGUCGGUAGAUGGUCCAGAUGUAAAGAAGCUCAUUCUCUAAUAUAGGCAGCCCAGAACAAGAGAAUCCUCGAGUCUCUGAGAAUUAGAGAUGAGUGUCUUUAUAUGUAUGUUUUAUCAACCUGUUGUUAGUGCUUGAAGGAGGGAUGCGGCCGUACUGUCUGCGUUUACUUGUAUUCUUACCUGUGUAUGGUUUCACCUAUUGUUGUAAUGAGUUGGAAUAAUGUCAAUGUCGUUACCUUUCUUCUC